CGGACGUUGCGGCCAUCCCGUCCUCAUCAUCGAGCAACCAUUCCAAUCCAACACACAGCAGAUUAAGGAGCAACCUCGUUUCCGUUCGUGGGCAGAGCCAAGAUGAGCCAGGAGAAGGGAGCCAACGGCAGCGCCGAUAUGGAGGUGUCGGAGCAGAAGCGGCAGGCGCCGCGCCUCAAUGAGCGGAUCCUCUCCUCCCUCUCAAGGAGGUCCGUCGCCGCCCACCCAUGGCACGAUCUCGAGAUCGGCCCCGGAGCUCCGGCGGUGUUCAACGUGGUGGUGGAGAUCACCAAGGGGAGCAAGGUCAAGUACGAGCUCGACAAGAAGACCGGCAUGAUCAAGGUUGACCGGAUCCUCUACUCGUCCGUGGUGUACCCGCACAACUACGGCUUCGUCCCACGCACCCUCUGCGAGGACAACGAUCCCAUCGACGUCCUCGUGCUCAUGCAGGAACCCGUCCUCCCCGGCACCUUCCUCCGGGCCAGGGCCAUCGGCCUCAUGCCUAUGAUAGACCAGGGAGAGAAGGAUGACAAAAUCAUCGCCGUCUGCGCCGACGACCCCGAGUUCCACAACCUGAACCAUCUCAGCGAGCUCUCUCCUCAUCGCCUCCAGGAGAUCCGUCGCUUCUUCGAAGACUAUAAGAAGAAUGAGAACAAGGAGGUGGCUGUCAAUGACUUCCUCCCCGCUGAUGAUGCCCGUGCUGCCAUCCAGCACUCCAUGGAUCUGUACGCCGAAUACAUCAUGCACAGCCUGAGGCGGUAGAGUUUGUACUAUUUAUCCUUUGCCCUUCCCUCUAUGAUUGCUGGAAGCAAAGAACACCCCGUCAGAACAUUUGGGAUCCCAUGAACACCCCGGUUUACGAGCGAGUCUGUAUUUCUGCAUUCUUGCAUUGGUUUGUAUUAGCCAUAUUUUUCCCACCCUUGUGGUUGGUACUCUGUAUCUCAAAUUUGUAUUCAAGACGCCGUGGUUUGGCUCGUGUAUUAUCUUCUGUUCUUACUGAACAAACAAUAAUAUGAAAUUUUGUUACAUUGA